AUGGCGGCAAAAUGGUCUGCCUUGACCCUCGAGGAGAGAAUUGAGAAGGCAGAGAAACUGUUCGAAAGAAGCCAAAAUUUACAAAAAUCAAUCGAGGGACUGUCAAAAUUAAAGAGGAAAAUAUUAGCUGAAGUUAAGUUCCUAAAAUCGGUUCGUAUUAUCAUCAAUCAGCCUACGUACAAUUGUAGCUUCAUAAUUUUGUAUGUUUGUUAAAAAUGAUUCUGCCGUAGAGAGCAUCCUUGACUUCUUGACCCGUACAUCUGAAGAACGUAAAGUGGUCUUGGUAGUGCUAGAGUGUAGUGUUAUGAAACAAUUCGCAUGUUUUUUUUCCCCAGCUAAGCGUUGAUGCAACUCCUUUGAAAGACUCGCACAUGAAAAGCACAAACCUUCUAUUUCUUGAAGCUGUGCUGGCAACAGCUGAAGAAGAGAAAGAUGUGUGUGCUGUUUUCAAGCCUUUUUGGGAUAUCACACGGGAGUUGAACUAUGUAGUGGAUGUUGUUGCCGACAAUGGAUAUUACUGGAUUAAGGUUACAGCAAGAAAUGCAUCUGCACUUCAUAGGACAUGGCAAGGUAACAAUCUGUACAUUUUGUUUUAAAUAAAUUACAAAAGCCAUCACAGGGUUUUCAAUAAGAUUUUAAGUAGGUGGCAAAAGCUUUGGAGUAGGUGGAGGAGGAAAAAAAACUUGUGGCAAAGGAGCAACUUGCCAGUGCCCAAAGGGCUAGUUACUGGAAAAAUAUUUACAAGAGUAGAGUCUUUGAACAGAACACAGACAUCAUUAAAUUUUGGCUUUUUUAUUCAGUGACUCUAUUAAACUGGCGUAAUUUGUAAAGAGAAGUAGGUGGAAAGUUCACGUGAAAUAGGUGGCGAUUUACCACACCACUGGCUCUUAAUGAAAACCCUGCAUCAAACAUGCCAUUUACCUUACCAAGUGGCUAUUCAUCCUGAGAAGAGGCAGGUUAGGGUUAAGCACUGACUCAAAAUGGUAGGCUUCUAUUUAGGGUUAGGGUUCUUGUUAUGUAACUUCAAAUCAAACUUAAAUCAGUAGUGAAUCCUCAGUGGUCUACCAUGGGGUGGGGUGGGAUGGGUACUCCCUAUAAUGGCCUAUAUGAGAAGGCUCCGACGGACCAUUUCAGUUAUAUGAAAGGGUAGGGAUUUUACUUGUUGACGUAUACAAAAGGGUAGGGUAGCCCAGAGGGCUAACAGAUAAAUUUUAUGGCUGUAUAAAGUCAAGAAAACGUUGUAUUUUUGUGAUUGAUUCCUAUUUAAAUGACAAUGCAUUUACAGCAGUUUUAAAAAGGGAUGCACAGCUCUAAACAAGGUAUGUGAAAGGGGUUCCAUUUAUCAUUAUAAAAUAACUAAGAUAGUAUGUGUGCUCUGAUUGGCUGAGAGGCGUGUUUGCUUGAGAGUAUGUAAACAUGGUUGUGACAUCAAGAUGUUUUGCUUUUCGCAUGCUAAUCAUGCAAGCACGAAUGUGAAAAAGGUUUUGAGUUGAAAACCUUGACAAGUUUACUUUAUUCACCCAUUUCCUCGUCGGCUGAAACUUGGAAAAUCUCUAGAAACAUGCUGUGUCGCUUGUGCUGACAUUUUAAGUGAGAAAAAACACCACAUUUUGGAAAGCAUAUUUUUGCAGAACAAGGACUGCUUACGCGUAAAAACUUCGUGUGCAAGACUUCGCGACUUGUAAGAAUUUGUCUUUUAAUCAGUGCUCUAAACAAGAGAGUUUUGCUUUUUUUCUCGGGAAAGUUAUUUUAUAACAGCAAUAGAAAACUUUUUUCCUGUGUUUGCAUAUCCUGAUUUAAACACUUGAGGGGUUAGGAGAAUUCUCGACAGUUAUGCAAACUCGAGACGAAGUCGAGGGUUUGCAUAACUGUCUCGAAUUCUCCCAACCCCUCUUGUGUUUAUAUCAGGCUAUGCAAACAUGGAAAACGUUUUCUAUUGCUUAAAUAGAAGGUAUAUGAAAGGGGCACCUUUUUUGUGAAAAGUGGUAUAUGAAAGGGUAAGCGGUUGGACCUCAGGGCGCAACCUCCCUGUAUAAAAAUUUGUUGACUACCCCCCCCCCGCCAUCUGGGUGGUCUACAGUUUAGACUGCAGACCCAUACUCUGAGUUGGAAUCUCACUCCGUUACUCUAAAUGUUUUUUUCAUUUAAAAUUGAAGAGACUUUUUUUAUGAACAUCUGUUGAGCAGAAAUUUCAAUGGCGGUAGAAUACAUUACUUCUGAAAAUGGUAUGAAUUUAACUCAUAAAAUGUGGUCACAAUUUUGCUUCUGUAGAAAGAAUCCUGUAUGAUUAGGAAGUACAAGCUGGUGUAUGGAUCCGUACAAAUAACCAGUGGGUUUACAUUAUGUAUCAAGAUCAACAUGUCUCCCUCUGGCAAACCCUGGGGACAUCAAUGGGUCAUGCAGGGGUUUGACAACUUACUGUAGUUCAUACUGAGGUGGGGAAUUUAACACAAAACAAAGUGCAUCAUUUUUCACGUUUCUAAUACCAUGAUGAAAAUCAUAGGUUUCAUUUGCAUUAGUCACUGGUGAUUGUUCCUGCCAAGUGAAGAGAGAUGGCUAGCUGCAUGAACCAGUGAUCUUGUCUUUGAUGUAAAUUGAAAAAAUUGAUUUACGGUACAUUGUAUGCAGUUAGUUCACCAGAGGUGAAAAUUGUUCUCCAAGCUUCUACCACUUUUAAAUUUUUAAAAACAAAACUUGAGUCCUAUGCUGAGCCCUUGGAUUAUUAUGGUCAAAUUCAUUGUAAAGUUAGCUACAGUGUACGUAAAUUAUGAGAAAAUGUGCUGAUUAUGUAAUUAUACUUACAGGUCAUGGUGACUUUGGUGAUAAAGACAUAGUCUAUCAAGCCAAGGUACUGUGUGUUGUGUGUGUAGAGAAGAAUUUAUCGUUAAAACCAGAGGCAUCUUUGAAUGGCAAUGUUUUCUUCUUGGUGUUAAAGUGGUUGAUUUUCAAAAGUAGGGGCAGGGCUUGAAAAAAGUCCCAUCCGGUUAUCCAGAAAAGAUAGAAAUCUAAAUGUAAAGGUAGCUAAAAAUUAAUGUGUAGAAGGGGUUUUGAUUUUUGUACGCUUCUACUGUAUUUCAAAAGCAUCAACCAGCAGUUAUGGUAACUAGAAAAACCCAGUUUUAGUCAACUUUUUUUUUAUUAAUAUUAGUGGUAUAUACACUUAAUGUCAGAUCCCGAGGGAAACAGUUAGUUUUGUUUUCCUGAGAGUCCUGAUGUUUCCCUCGACUUCAUCUUGGGAAACAUCAGGACUUGAGGGAAAACAAAACUAACUGGUUUCCCAAGGGACCUGACAUUAAGUGUUUUGUUAUAUUUGUUGUAUUACAAUUUGGAUACAUUAGAUUUUAGUCAAGGCUACGUGACCAAGAAUCAACCAAUGGCAGUCCCUGUUUAGUUGAGUGAAAGUCUAGGAAUAUAACAAUAGUAAAUGUUCUCUGAUCUUGGCAAAGUCUGGGUUGAAACAACCAAUGUAAUUCUGAGCAUGGUUUCUGAAAGGCUGAUUAGUGCUAAUACAGGAUUAAAAUUUUGUUGCAUUUUUCGAUUAACCUUCCUCUGUAUUGCUUAGAGUAACAUUUUGUCUUAUCAUUACCGUAUCUUGAAGUGAAGGCUCAACAGUAUUUUGUAAGCUUGAGUUGCGUUUUCUUAGACAAGAAAACUUUGAUUUAAAUUUUGCUUAAUCCUGGGUUAAACUUAACCAUCUUUCAAGGAACCAGGUCCUGGCCCUAUAAAUCUUUUGCAGUUUUAGUGACUUACAUGUGUAGUGGUUGUUGCCUGUAUCACAGAUGAAUCUAAACUCUGGUUAAGUCCGUCUGCCAAACAGUGCUGAAAUCCUUGUUCUGGGCCCCAGCUGUUUACCUGGAUUCAAAAACUGUUAAAUGUUUCUUUCAAUAUUUGUCCCCAUUUUGCAAUGCAAAGGGUUUUUAGCAUAACAGACAAUAUGGUCUUACCUUCAAUCCAAAGUGCUGCUAGUAUGUUGCUAAUGUGUCGAUUAACUGUUGAUCAGUCAUCUGUUAGUUUAGUAUUGUUGUUCUUCACAAUUACCCAUUGUUUUGGCUGGACACAAAUGAGCCAUGACCAAGCUAAAAUUUGUUUGGCCGGUCAACAUGACCAACAACAGUCCAAAAACUACUAUAGUUUGUGCCCUGCUGUUACUACCACUGUAUCCUUGCUUAUUAAUUUUCCUACUUUAUUGGACAGGAAUUAAAAGCAGUGAGUAAGCAACAUCUAUUGAACUAUUCAGCACCACUUAUCAUGGUAUCCUGUUUUAAUGGAAUCACAGAAUCGUUAGCAAGUGAGUAGAGAUUUAAAUACAGCUAGAAACUUUGUAAGAAGAGAAUUAUAAUAUCAUAGUGCCUUAUUUUUGGGCACAUGCACAAUGCUAUGUUAAAGGCUUUAGGCAGGCGUAAAAUUUUAACGUUGUAUGCAGGUGUAAGUUUGUUACAGCUUUUGUUUCUCUAUUCUGAAACAGAAGAAGAGAGAGACGGGCAAAAAACAUAUAUUGAUUUUUGCAGGCUAGUAAACAUAGUGAAUGAAUAGAGAGUGAGACUGGGGAGAGAUGUGAGAAAGUAACAAGUUAAAAUGUUUUGUCUCUCUCGGAUUGCAUGCUUUGUGCAAAGAAAACUAUUUUAAUUGAGAAAAAUACAACUAUUUUGCAGUCUAUGUUUGUCAUUCGUAAAACUAUUGACACAAUAGAUGACCUUUGGCUUAAGAGGAAACAGGGUCUGGAAUGGGGGAUCCUGCUCCUGAAUUUCCACUCCAUUUUCACAUUUUCCUCCGGCACUUUUUUCGUUGUUUUCUUGAAUCCCAUUUUUUUGUUUCCCAAGUACAUUAGUUCAAAGUCUUUUGGAAGGAAAAAAGUGGAAGAAAUGAAGAGGAAGAGAGGAAGGUUUUUUCCCCCUCUCUCCCUACUCCCAUCCCCUCGAUGUUUUUCCCUGCUCACUUUUCUUUGCACCUCCUCCAGUCGUCUUCAACAGGCUAUUAUCUGGGGCUAGAAGACUCGUCUGAUUUAAGGGAACAGAGCUGAGACCAUUGUACUGUUUCCCAUAUCUUAAGUUUAACUGAUCAAAUAAUUUUGAGAUUAAUAAUAGAUGUAAAAAGUUUGAGCAAUUACUGGUAUGCUAGGACCACGAGCUCAUUUCUGGCAUCCAGUUGUAACAGUGGGGCUUUAGUCCGCUCGUCUGUUUGUAAAUUAUUAUUACUGGACAGCCUGGGUCAAUUUUUUUAUUUAUAGCUUGCUUUGAUGGGAGACACCACUUAAACGCUCACCUGGUUGAUUUGCAUUUGCUGCUAGAACCUAAGAUUUCUCGACAGACAUUCAAAUAAUCCCACUUCCCAUGCCCAAAUUUUGGUGGAUUACGCUUCCCAGAUAGCAGUCUUAUCCCUUUUCCUGACUGUCAAGAUAUUUUGGAUUUUUCCGAAUCAUCUAGUGAACUUUGAUCAAAUCCCAGAUCCCGUAAAUACCCUUCCAGACCCUGGGAAAGCCAUUACAGAUCAUGGGGGUGGGGUGGGGAGGGGAGGGUGGGGAGGGUGGGGAGGGUGGGGGUGGUUGUAUUAGAAGGUCUUUGGUUUAGUCCACUGGGUCUUUGUUCUGGUCCAUAGGUUUUCUUUUUAGUCCAAAGGUUCUCAGCUAAAAGGUCUUUGUUUCAGAAACAUCCCUUGUAUAUUACUAACUUUUCUACUUGUUUCUUUUUUAAAAGAGGCAUUGGCAAACAUAGAUGUCUGUGUUAAAGGUCAAGUUUUGCCUGAUUCUGGAAAAGAAGCUCUAGUCGGCCAUGUUGAUCGACAACUCAUAAAUUACUUCAGUCCUCAUAAGAAACAAUGGUAAACUAGCUAUAUGUGUAGUUUUUUAAUCUUAAUGUGGCACUUACAUGUACAUGACUUGUAAAGUUUAUUGUCUAAACAUAUUGGGCUUGUUAUUAAAAUAGAGUUUGGUAAGUGUUAAAACAGCAUUGUAAGCCAUUUUAAAUCUGUUCAACCCUCACAUCUUAACAUUGUUUGCUGUUAACUAGGUCAAGAAGGCUUCCGGUCCAGACUAGAGAGCCAUUUUUGUACUCAAAAUAUACCUGUUACUAGCAGAUCAGUAGGCCCCUGAAUCUCUUAAACCACAGUUAGAAAAGCAUAUUUGGUUUCAUUUCUUCCAAUAAAGAAAUUUUUAUCAUGAUUUUUAAUUCAUGGCAGACCUUUCUCUGUCAGCAUUUUCCCUAGAAGUUUGGUUAGGGUGAGGUGUAUUAUGACUUGUUGUCAUUCUGAAAUCAGUAGAAUUCUUCUACUGUGUAGCUCGUUCAGGAAUAAGGGUAAAACCAUAACAGUUUUGAAAAUGGCAGGUCUCUGUCCACAUACAACAAAAAAACUUCAAGGGAAGGCAAAUUCACAUUGCAGUAGAUUCGUUCCAUUUUAGGAAAAUAUUGAUGUGUUGGAAAAGUUGGUGGGAAAUCCAUCAGCAUGCAGUCAAGUGCCCUUGCAUUUGCUAGCAUUUGUGGUGGUGAUUUAACAUCUAUGAUGUACAGUAAAUAUCAUAUAUUACUCAGUUAUUGGAAUACAGUCUAUGUCAGUUGGGACUUUUUCAAUGGUGAACAGAUUACUUCUUUGCAAAAGCCAAAGAUAGACUUUAUGAUAUUGUUUUGUGAGAUACUGAGUAAUCACAUAGUUUUCAAAACGACUCACCUGCUGUGAAGUAAUGACUUCUAGAACAAUUUAAAAUUUGGGAAAAAUAACUAGAGUGAUAAUUACAUUUUGUUAUAUAGUCACACAAUAAGCUAGGGUUGUUUCCUUUAUUAGCGACUGUGUCAAUCUGGAUAUAACCACUAUGAUUGCUUACAUUUCAUCACUGACCAAUGGUGGCUGUAGAUUUGUAUUCAAGGUACAUGUACAUGUAAGAUUCCUAAAUAAAAAUAAUAAUGCUUAUACAGUGGAACCUUGAUAUAACGACUCUUUGUAACGAAGUCUCACAAAAUCUAGUCGGAUUGAGUUCGAUUUUGUUCCAUUUGUUCAAUUGGUUUGAUAAAUCAAACUCAGAGCAAAAUAGAUGUUCGACCAGGUUUGAUUACCGAAUCUAAUCAAACGAUUGGUGUUUGAUUGGGUUUGAUUGAAUUUUGUUUUGAUUUUGUUCAAUUAGAUAUGCCGGCUUUAUUACAUGGAGGUUCCACUGUAUAAAUUUAGUAAAUUGUUUUGCAUCAAGAAUAAUCCUUAACCCUUUAAGCCCCAAUGUCCACAUACAAAUUCUCCAAACUGAUCUCUAUAUAUUUCCUUAAAGAAUGAGUUGAGAGAAUUUGACAAAAGAUCAAAGCAUUUUCUUUUAGGUGAUCAUUUUAUUAAUUCUGAUAACCUAUUCUCUUGACAAUCUACGGAUAUCAUUGGGAGAAAAUUGAUGUUGGUCACUAUUGGGACUUAAAGGGUUAAUAAUAAAAGCUACAUGGAUGAUCUUGAAUAGUUCCUCAAAUCCCUACAAACCUUGACUGUGAAAUUACAUAAAAGUAGACCACAGAAUCAUUAUUUGAAAUUGAGGUUAAAAAAUAAUACAUGCUUUAGAACUAUGAGUGAUCAUGAAUCUUAAUUUCAUUCCUAAAGUGUUAAUUGAGAAAAAAGAGUUCACUUUGCCCCCCAUGGUAAGGAAUAGAUUUGGAUUGAAAGCCUGUCAAUAAAGUGAUGUAAUGAAUUCUUUUAGUUUGUCUAAGUGUGCUCAACAAAAAUCAUGUUUUCUUGUUAUCUUCCUCGGUAUGAUCAACAGGAAAGCAUUUUGACUAAACAGGCAAAAGAAGAACGAACGAAUCCUGUGCUACCUAAGCUUAAGGAAUUUCUAGAAGGUAAAGAAAUUUUGCACACCUGCCAACCUUGAUCUGAUGACCAAGAGCCUAUUUAAAAUAAUUCACUGUUUUUUGUUGCUAUUUGGUAGGUAAAAGGUUGUUUGCAUGCCAGUCAGCUGUGAGAGACUUUGAUGACAUUUUAAGAACAGUUGGUGGUGAAAAGGAGCAACAAAGGGCAAGGUACAGUACUUAAAUCAAAUGAUCAUUGACAAUAGUGAAGUUACUUUUUGAAUCAUGAUUGUAAAGAUUUCAUGGUUGUUUGGCUUUUAGUUCAAUUUAAGUUUGACUUAAAGAAGUGUACUUAUAUAGUGCAGCCUGUUUCAGGUGUUCAGAUGGUGAGGACAGCUCAAAGAUAAGUGGUUGGGAAAAAAGAUAAUGAAGGGGUGGGGUUAGAGAGGUCCCUCUUCCUUUCUUUUGCCUUGUCCCCUCCCCUUUUCAUCUUUCGCCAUUCUCAACUUUCUGAACGCCUGAAACAGGCUUAAGAUAGUGGGGUAAGGUAAACAUGUGCCAUUUGUAACAUAGUUUUUUUUGUAAGCGAUCAAAGUUGGAUACAAAAAUUAGACUUGAAAUGUUUUUUUGUUCAACUUUGAAGAAAUUCCAAGAAAAAGACUAUUAGAGGGCAAAAAGUCCUGGUGCUCUUAUAGGUGACAAAAAACUGCUUCAUACCCUUAGAUGCGCUAUUAUUGUUAUGGCCUUCCUGAUGGGCUGUUAGCAAGGUUUAUGAAAGUUUUGUUGAAGAAACCAAAAAUUCAUGUUUUUCUACACAUGCAUAGUUGAGUCUGUAUUACACUCUUAACACUUUCUACCUUGUCACAUAAAUCUGUAUUACCCUUUCAGAGCAUCCAUGGAAAAGAAGAAAAGAAAAAUAGACGGCUAUGAAUAAUUUAGUUAACAGUCUAACUUCACCAAAGCGGUUUCAAUACUCUUACUUCUACUGUAUUUAUUUGUAUUUUGUCUCAAGAUAUAGGCCUGUCCUGGUAAAAUAAUAAUAUUAAUGAUGAUGAUGAUGAUAAAGAUAAUAGUGAUAAUUAUCAUUAUUAUUUUAUUAUUAUUAUCUAGAGCACUGCUUGAUCAAGUCACAGUUGUUGAAGAUAAUCCAUCAGUAAGAUCCACCUGUUUACAACCAAGUGCAAGUAUUAAAGAGCGAUCUAAGGUACGUUGAAGUGAAAAUAUUAUUAGGGAAAUUAUCUUCUUUAGCUCCCCUGUUGAUGCUCCAGUUUUUUUCAUACAUGUAGCUAUAUUUGUGUAGUCAGUGGGGAACUUAUAAACACUUGGACAGAAUUUGCUCUAACACAGAUGGCUUUUUAUUUAGUAAAUUUUUGUACUCUGGCUAUUUUAAAAAAUUCUGGGGUUGAAAGUAAUGCAAGGAGCAACCAGUGGGUAUCUUUUCAACCAGGUGGUGACAGAUGUGUGACUAAGUGGCUAUAUUUACUGUGGUGAGUAAUGUGUGUACAAUGUGUGUGCAAUGUGAAUAGUUAGUAAUGGCUAUACACUAGGUAAAAUAUUUGCUUAAAAUCUGUAUUUACCGUUACAAUGGUAAUCAAAAGGCAUAUGCAGUUCAGGCAAAAAAGAAAAAAAAGACACCUAAACUCCGCCUUAGGGCCACCUCGGUAUAACGGUCACCUCGUUAUUACGGCCACUUUUUUUGCUGCCUGGCAAAACGGCCAUUCUUGUAAAAAAAAACCCUCGUUAAUACGGUCACCCGUUAAUGUGGCAAAUUUUUUUUUCCCAUUGGUGACCGUAUUAACAGGGCUCCACUGUACUGCAAAAGAAGGUUUACAUGAAGCAUCACCCAAACGGCAUUUUAAAGAAUAUUAUGGUAUUUUCCACUCUGGCCAAUUACUUGUGGGGGGCAAGAGAUGGUGCAGUGGCAAAAGUACUCGCCUCCCACCAAUGUGGCACAGGUGUUGACACCAUGUCUGAGAUGAGUUUGUUGUUGAUUCUCUCCCUUUACCCUGAGUGGUUUUUCUCUGUCCUUAAAAACCAGGAAUGGUAAACGAAAAACCACUGCUAACAUGUAUGUGGAUAUGCUACCUCUAGAUCAUUAUUUUAUUCAUUAUUAAAAAAAUUACCUAUCUUAUCAAACGUUUUGCUGUACGCAUUCUAGAUAAUUUUUGGUACUGGAGAUUCACUGAAAGCCAUCACCGCCACAGCGAAUGUUGGAUUCACCAGAGCAGCUGCUAGUCAGGUAAUCCCCAAAAUUCCGUUUUAAACUUACAGCUGUAUGAUCAACUUAGUUGUAGUCUUGUAAUAUCCUGUUUGUUGUAAGAGGUGAAAAAAUUUCAUCUGAAUGGUCAAAAUUUAGUGGGUAACAUUUGAUAACGGGACUGUUGGUCUUUAAUAUUUUACGUGUAGAGUUAUUUGGAAGCAGCAAGGAGGAAGCAAGGAGAAUAAUAUUUAUUUUUCUUCCUCCACAAGCAGUACUAAACUGUCUCUAAGUCAUUAGCUGUUUUAACAUUAACGUAAGUCAAGUAGAGAGAAUAGAUAUCUAGCAUUUACACAAGAAAACUCUAAGUUCUGCUUGGAAAAUCAAAUAGUUUGCGCCAUUUCAUUUAGGAAUUAUUCGAAGCUUUUGAAAAUAUGGGCUGUGAUUUGCGGCAAUGAAAAACACUUUUUCUACAGUUCUACAGUCCUCAUCUUAAAACUCCCAUUUGCUAGAGUUCCAUUUCAAGUAACGCAGCCUGUUGCUUUCAAACACUGGCCCUUUUUAAGACAAAAACCAUUUAUUUCACUACCCAGAUGGCAACGAGAGACCACAUUUCCUCAUUCUUAUUUAUUUCAUUUUGCAUUUAAAAUUAAGGUUUGUUUUUAAUCUGAUUCGAUAGAAUUGGAUUGUUUUAACCACACUGUUGAAAUCCAGUCUUGAAACUUACCACCCUGUUCAAUCCCUGUAUAAGCCACAUAAGGGCCCAGGAAUUCCCCUUUAUACCUGACGGUUGAUUUCCAUUGUUUUACCACAAUAAAAAAAAUCAUGUCUUGCAUUUUAGGGUGUUGAAUUCAGUGUAUUUCUUCACGAGUCACGGGCUUUGACUGAGUCCAAAGAAUUUCAAGCAUCUCCAAUUUGUGAAUCCGGACAAGACGUUACUUAACGACAGCUUACUGCUGACCAGUUUGAUGAAUCAGUUAGAGACCUACAAUGUACAUGUAGCUGUGUCAUUGUACUGAUAUAUUGCUUUUGAUAAAUGAUGUGCAAAAAUACAACCCAC